GCUUCUGCUGCACGCAUAUCGCUGGCUCAGCCUUCCAGUGCAUGUGUAUUCCUGAUCUGUUUUACGAUUGGAUGUGUGGCUGCAAUUGACAGGACUGGUUUCUAUGGCUGGAAAAUUCCGGAGCUCAAAAAGACGCUGUCCCAUGGCGGUGUGAUCGGCAUUAUUCUGUGGACCAUUGGACUUAUUGCUAGUUCGGCUUGCAUACAAUUCGACGAAGCGCUCGCUCCAGUAGUGGAAGAAGUCGUGAUCACUCAAGACUUGCUGCUUUACUGGAGGAUUUGUUGCGCUGUAAGGGCAGUGUGCGCAAGUGCCGCUUGGCUUUUGUUGGCUCUCAGACCAGACUGUAAUGUGUUAGGAGAUACCGAUCAAAAG